UAAACAGGAAGUGUAACACCUGCGGACAGAAACAGGUGAUUCAUCCUCCAACCAGCAGGUGGAGGUGAUGCUGGAAAUCACGUUUUGCAGAAGAAGAAAAAGACCGGAAAAACAUCCACACUAAAGCAAAGCAGCUCAUGUUCUGUCAUAUUCCAUCUGUUGGAGGAAAAAUGUCCUCAUCUGAAGAAAAAAAUCCCGCCUUCGUCCAGUUGGAGGAGGAGAUGGAUGGUGGUCGCAGACUGCUGGACAGAAACCUCCACCCAGCAGACCACCAACAGCAGCAUGUCUGGAAGGAAGAGGAGUUUCUUACUGAGCAACAGUUCAGCAACAAUGAGAGGAAUUUUAUUCUGAGCUGCGUGCUUCCACGAAUUAAAGAGGAACAAGAGGAAUUCUCUACCAGUCAGGAAGGAGAGCAGCUUGCAGUGAAGAUGGAGACUCCGGUUAUUGAGCAAAGUGACCCCAGAAAAUCACAAUCAAAUGGUGAUCAGCUCCUGUCUCACAACGGUCCCACGGCUGAGAGUCAAGAUCAGAAAGGACGUGACUAUAUAGACCCAGGAUCAGGUAGAAAUGAAGCUCUGAAGCCACUGAAGAUGCAUCACAAAGGCAGAAGCAACAAAUCUGUGAAGAGGAAAACUGCUGGGAAAACAUUUGAGGACCUGCACCACACCGGCGAGAAGCCAUAUACUUGUAACACUUGUGGAAAAAGAUUAAAUACAGUCCAGUCGUUGAAAAAUCAUUAUAAGAUCCACACAGGUGAGAAGCCAUAUUCCUGCAAAACAUGCAGGAAAAGUUUCAGACACAGUAAAACUCUGACUCGCCACAUGAGAACUCACAUGGAGGAGAAGCCUUAUUCCUGUGAAACCUGUGGCAAAGGGUUCAGGUGUAGAGAGAGCUUGUUGAUCCACACCAGAACUCACACAGGUGAGAAGCCGUAUUCCUGCCAGCUGUGUGGGAAGAGUUAUACUCUGAACGGGAGUUUGACUAUUCACAUGCGAACUCACACCGGAGAAAAGGUGCAUUCUUGCAAAAUAUGUGGAAAAAUUUUUACUCAAAAUGGUAAUUUAACCGUCCACAUGAGAACUCACACGGCUGAAAAGCCGUACACCUGCCAGACAUGUGGGAGGGGUUUCAGUCAGAGCGAUCACCUGACCGUCCACAUGAGGACGCACACAGGUGAGAAGCCUUACCUGUGCUACACGUGUGGAAAAAGAUUUACUGACUCCUCAGCGUUUAGAAGACAUUUAGCCGUCCACACAGCUGAGAAGAUUUAUUCAUGCAAAGUAUGUGGGAAAAGUUUCAUUACUAACGUUCGUUUAACGGCUCAUAUGAGGACGCACACAGGCGAGAAGCCGUUUUCCUGCAAAACCUGCGGGAAAUCUUUCACCGAACGGGGCAGUUUAACGUCCCACACGAGGACGCACACAGGGGAGAUGCCUUACCCCUGCAACAUCUGCCAGAGAAGAUACCGCGACGCGUCAGCGCUAAGAAAACACAGAAAAUCUCAUUCUCACCUCAGCAGCCUUCCCCUCACAGCAGCUGGCGGGACGACGUAAGCGGCACCAACCACAGCUGCUAGCAGACCUGUUCUCAUCAGGACCAAACCGUUCAUGAAAUAAAUCUGUGGUUUUCUUACAGAAGAGAUUCACGUCUUUGUUUUUAACACCAUUACACCUUUUCACUACAAAUACUUAAAAAAGACAAAUGCUGAUAGAACAUGUUGGAGACAUCUGGUGGGAAUGCCCCUGAAUUCUAUUUCUAUUAUCUUAUUGGCAGAAUUUAAGGAAAAACAUGGAGAAAAUGCUAAAAACUUCCACUUAGAUUUGAUGUUCUUUUGGGAAAAGAAAAGCAGGAAAUGACAUUCAGGGGAAAAGUAUUUGUUUUAAUUAAUGUUAGUGGCAGGCAAGAAUAAAAACCAUAACCAGGAAGUGGAUGAACACGGAGGACGGAUGCAUGAAGUUGGUUUUCCCAGCCAGACCAAGUUUAGAUACAUUUAGGAAUUUCUGGAAAAAC